UUUCCCAUCUGAUGCCGACUGCGCGUGCGCACAACGUCACCUGCUGGAUUGUGCGGGUAAUGGCAGAGAGUUUUCUCCUCAAAUUCACGAAACAAAUACAAUUGGUGAACUUCUUGGUGUGAGGGGACAGCAUAUAUCGAUAUAACCGUUUUGUUGGAGCACUCUGGUGUCAGUUCGUCCGAGCGUGAGCUAGCUUGAGAGUUGACGGCUAAUGCGGCUAACUCUGCUUGUUUUCGUUCAGCGGCUAACUAAUAGCAUCGUCUAAUAAAGACGUCGAGGGAACCCAACUCAGGAGUGUUCGCCGCACCGCCUCCUGCCUCGACGGGCCACACAGGAGCGGGAACGAGGAGGAUGAUGCUGGCAGAUCCGGACGCCGAGCUGGUGGUCCCGAGCGCGUCGGGCGGGAAAGGCGAGGGGAAGAAAGGCAAGGCCAAGGGAGAGGAGACUCUGUCCCUGGACGACUGUCUGUGUCCCGUGUGUUUGGAGAUGUUUCUGGAGCCGGUGACGCUGCCCUGCUCGCACACCUUCUGCAAGGGCUGCUUCCUGGACUCGGUGUACAAGAGCACGCUGUACUGCCCCGUGUGCCGCCGACGCGUGUCCACGUGGGCGCGGCAGAACAACAAGAACAAGACGCUGGUCAACCAGCAGCUGUGGGAGCGCAUCCAGAUCAGCUUCCCGCAGCACUGCCAGCGACGUCUCAGCGGGCAGGACGCCGACGACGACCGCGGCCUGGCCGUGUUUUCCCCCAAGGUGAGUCAGCCUGGAGAGCUGAGACAGGAAUAUCAGGAACAGAUCAGCAAACUGUCGGAGGAGAAGCGAGAGCUGGACGAGAAGGAGCGGCGCGCCAGCGAGGAGUACAUCCACAGGCUGCUGGCCGAGGAGGAGAAGCUGCUGCUGGACGAGCAGAGGAGGAGGGUGGAAGACGAGAUUCUGGCCAGGACGCUCAGCAAAGAGCUGAACGCUGCUCCCGUCUCCCAGGACAAGCGGCGUCCCGCCGACGUCACUCCAGCCAGGAAGAAGGUCAACACGGGACACAUGGAGAAGUUCUUGUGUCGACUUCCGUCCAAGUCGGACCCGUCAGACUGCUGCUCGGCUUCUACUUUGUUCUCUAACAAGGAGAACAUUUUGGUCUCUGGUGGGGAUGGCCUCCCUCGUGCGGACGUCUUCGGGACUCAGCGGGACCCGGCGGAACCUCCCCGUCCCGAUCCGGCCUCUCCGCUGGAAGCGCGACGCCGCGGGAGCCGUCACGCGGACGAAGGGACGUCCAAGAGGAAGAGUGCAGAACUCGAGGAGGACACUCUCACCAAGAGAGGCCGCCACUAUCCACCCUCCGCUUCCUCCUCAUCGUCGUCGUCGUCUUCCUCGCCUGUAGAGGGCGCACUGGUGGUACAGGCGCAACGGGAGGCCCAGCUGGAGAGCCGGCGUCACCAGGAGGAGGCCGACCGGCAGAUGGCCCUGCUCCUGCAGAAGGAGCUCGACCAGGAGGAGACGCAACGACGCACGGACCGCAGCAAAGGCUCGGCCGACGCCUACCCGCUCAGACGCGGGACCCCCGACCCCCGCACCAGGACUACGAAAACCUCCCACAAGUCCCCGCCCUCUUCCUCCUCUCGGGAAGCGUCCACGUCCUCCCCCCAAAACCGACAGCCCACCCUCACCGACAUGUUCCCUGGGCUUGGCAGCUGAAGCCCCGCCUCGCCCCACAAUGGGGACGAAAAGCAAACCAAUGUGAGCCUUCAAUACAGUGAACCUCCUCAUUGUUGCUGUUCAAAUUUGCCUGUGUUUUUUCAAACCUCUCCUCCAUUAUUCACUGAAAAACUCACUUAUUUGCAGUUUUUGUGUUCAGGCCAAAGCAAUGUCUAAUACAAAAAUUUUGCCAUUUUGUGAGAUUUACAAUAGACUACCGCAUAUUUACGGUUCGGUAUUGGCAAAUUUGUCCGUUGGCGGAUAAUUUUGGGGAGCCUAUCCUCUGUUAUUUGCUGAAAAAGUUGACCUAUUCACUGUUUUUGUGCUUAGGCCAAAGCCAUUUGUAAUAUAAAAGUCUUUGGCGUCAUCUGGUAUGUUGGAAUUACAGUGAAUCUUCACAUAUUCGCAGUUUGGCAUUUGCAAAUUUGCCUAUUCGCAUAUUUUCGGGGAAACUAGUCUGUUUUUCACUGAAAGCGAAUGUUUACUGUAUGUUGAACUGAGGUGAGGAGCUUCAUUUAGUCAGGCCAUAGACUUGUCUAAUAAAGAAAAGUGCUUGCUUCCA